AUUUUGUAGUAACACCCUUUCAAAAUGACUUCCUAAAACAGAAACAACAUGCAAAAUAUUUUCAUUUCAAGACUACAAAUCAUCUCCCGAUCCGAUUUUCGAGAUUGCUGCCGAAUGCUUACAACCAUCACCAGUUCCGAUAAUAAUAGAUAACGGCUCUUUUCAAACAAGGGCAGGUUGGGCAUGCAAAGGGGACGAACUAGGCGCUCCGCGGCUUCUGUUCAAGUCCGUGGCGGCAAGGAGCAGAGGGGCAGCGCGAAGUGAAACCCAAAUCGGCAAUGACAUCUCCAACCUCGAGCCCGUGCGAUGGCUCCUGAAAAGCCAGUUUGACCGAAAUGUGGUUGUAAACUUCGAGAUACAGGAACUGAUGUUCGAUUACAUAUUCAGCCACCUCGGAGUUGGCACUGAGGUAAGUGUUCAAGUUAUGUUGCACAAUUUCCUAUGUUGCUUGCCCUGUUUAGACCGUUCUACCUUCUCAGUCUUGAAUAUAACUUACUGACAAAGGUAGCUAACUAGAUAGUUGCUCCUUCAACCACAUAUGAUGUGGUUUCUCUCCGUUCUCUACCAUCUUUAGGGCAGCGUUGAACAUCCUAUAGUGCUCACAGAGGCGCCCUGCAAUCCGCUGCACAGUCGCCAGAUGAUGUCAGAGCUGCUCUUUGAGUGCUACAGAGUUCCUCAUGUGUCCUAUGGCGUGGACUGCCUGUACAGCCUCUACUACAACAACGUUCUCAGCAACCUCACACCCCCACACACCGGCAUUGUCCUCUCUUCUGGCUACCACUGCUCUCACAUCCUACCCGUUAUCAAUGGAAGGUAAGAUUCUACACAGUAACAUGAGGUUUUAAUGACUCCACUCAUACUCAACCAGGUAGCCAGAACUGUCUAGUAUUUAGCAGACUCCUCUAUUGUUUGUUGUCAUGCUAGAGUAGUUAGGGAAAGAACCAACAAGUUAAAAUGAACUUGUCUCAGCAGCAUACAUAUUUGAUGCAAAGAGGGUAGAAAUUGUCCCCCCUCACCGAUUUCAACUGCACCCUUAGUCAAUUUGUCCUGGCGCCGGGUCUGUCUGCUUGGCUUGGUAAGUAAUAUUACUUACCAGUCGAUAUUACUUACCAAGCCAAGCAGACAGACCCGGCGGCAGGAUAAAGUGAUUAAGGGUGCAGUUGAAAUCGGUGAGGGGGAAAUCAUUUUUUGGGUUCUAGCAUUCUGCUUAUAUCAUGCUAUACCACAAUAAACAUAAAGUUCAAAUUCCGAGACCAUUGAGAGCUUCUGAAGUGACAGGUUGCUGCAAAAUCUAUAGCCCAUCUCCGCUAUGCUGUGUCAGCACAAUGGACAGCAACCCAACACACUAAAGCGAGGCCAUUUUGGAAAUGAAUAUAGGCUACCAGAUGGAUAGGUAAAUUACCCUAUUACAAACAGCUUAUGUGAAUUCAGCCGUACACAGCUGUCUUACCAAAAUAAUGCAAACUAAAUGCUGAAAGUAGUAGCCUAGUUAUUCAUGCAAAACAAAAGUACUGAAUAGCAGUUUGGCUUAGAAUACCGACAACUUCAAAUGCAAAUGAAUGAAUGUGAACAGAACAGAACAGUGGUAGGCCUACUACAGGCAUAUAACGAAAUAUCAGAUCGAUAAAGGCAUAGUACAAUCUAUAUUUAGGCUAGUUACAUUAACAGUAAACAAAAAAACACAGUAAACAAAGGCAAAUGCAAAUAACCAAAACAUAGCCUACAGCCUACUACAGUGAGAUGCAGCCAUGCACAGCUGUCUUGCCAAAUAAAUAGGCCUGUAGGCCUGCUUCAAACAUGGAUGCAGCUCAUGAGUUCAGCAACACGUUGCGAUACGGCACAAUACACUUCUGUGGAUCAAAUUCGACCCACCCACUCAAUCAAUUAAGCAAUGCCGGCCUACCAUAAACACGUUUCCAAUACGCACAGUUCCAUUUACAGCCACGAAAAGCAAUAGGCUACCAAGAAAGCCUACAUUCUAUUUCUAUGGUUAUAUAUUUCUAUAAUGAAACAUACCGAUAUGUAGCUAUAACCAGGGCGUUAUUUGGGUUCUUGCAUUGGAAUUAUAUUGAAUUCUGCUUAUAUCCCCCUAUACCACAAUAAACAUAAAAGUUCAAAUGCCGAGACCAUUGAGUGCUUUUGACCAAGAAGUGACAGGUUGGUACUCUAUCGGCACCAUGAACAGCGCCCUACACACUAAGCAAGGUCGUUUCGAAAAUAUAGGCUGGCUAAAUAAGUCAUUUAGCCAUUCUAUACCCUAGGGUUUUGCUGAGAAUGACACCACUGGCUAUACCACCAAGAUGUUGAUCAAAAUCACCAGCUAAAUUGUUUCUUACCUUUUCAGAAGAGUUGCAGCCUCCUUGAUGAUCUGUUGAACUUCCUGAGUAAUUGAAAAUUCGAACUGACUUCUUGGAAACGUGGCAUCCUAUGACAGUGCUACGUUGAAUGUCACUGAGCUCUUCAGUAAGGCCAUUCUACUGCCAAUGUUUGUGUAUGGCGAUUGCAUGGCUGUGUGCUCGAUUUUAUACACUUGUCAGCAACAGGUGUGGCUGAAAUAGCCGAAUCCACUAACUUGAAGGAGUGUCCACAUACUUUUGUAUAUAUAGUGUAUUAAUCACAGUGUGCUUAAAGCAACAGACAAGCUCAGUAGCCUACAUAUAGUUGAUUUUAUUAAAAUACAAGUUUUAAAAUGUUGACCAAUCGAUUGGUCGAAAGAACAGACGAUUCUAGGUCGACCAAGAUUUACUUUGGUCGGGGACAGCCCUACAAGCAAUCAUUUGAACUUUUUUGCUCUUUUUAUAUAGGAACAUAAAACUUAAACUGAGAUGGCACAAGUUUCAACGGAGGGGGCUUAGCCCCCUUUUGCCCACCAACAGAGCUGUUUUAUCGAGGUUCAAAUAUCCUGUGCUUUUUCAUUUGGUGCAUACAGUCACAGCUUGGCUACAUUGUAACCACGAAGUGGCCACGGUGCGCUCAACUAUGGGGCUCAGCCAGGACUGUUACUUUUGUAACUGAAUUAAAAUAUUUUAACAAUGUGAUUUAACUGAUUGAAGUUGGGAAAAUAGAUGGUAAAAAUGCAGAAUGGUGUUAAAUGCCUGUAAUAUUAGGCCUACUGAUUAUUUCUCACUAUCUACUUGCAAGCUACUCAAAGACAGCCCGCGAGGUACCGGACAUGCAGUUUUCUGCUAAUGUGCAACCUUUGGUAGGCUGAUGGAAGACCGUGAUACAGAGAAGCCUAAUCAGACAUGCCGUGCUCAUCAUGGUUCGUACAGGAAAAGUGAAAAGAUACAAUGAAUUUGCUGGUGGUGCACGCAGCUCAAUUUAUAUGGACCAACACCACUGGACAUGAAACAACAAUGCAAAUGUAACAACAAAAUAGAUAAACAAUUUUAUUUUGCAGGUGCCUUUUCAUUUGAAAAAUGGUGCAGCUAGUGCUUUCUAACUGCACUGAAGCAAAACUUUCCAGUGGGCAAAACCAUUCAUCUUGAGGCGACGGGGGAGGGGGUGCAAAAUGCAAUCUGUUAACUAUUAUAUCAUAUAUAAAACGGAUGUAUCUAUUAUAAUACAGACUAGCUCAAAACAUUACUUAUCACUGAAAAUGACAAAUUACCGAAUGGAUCUUUAUACUUUUCUCGUAAAAAAGUGGGGGUGCAAAAACGUACUGUACGUUUGCAUCCCUAUUUUGAAAGUGGGUGGUGCAGCUGCUCCUGUUGCUCCAUUGCUCAGGGCCUUUGUGCCAUUUUAACAUAUGCCACACACCUUGUAACGUCAUUUCCUCUGGUGUUUCCCCAGGCUGGAUGCAGGGAACUGUAAGCGUGUGAACGUGGGAGGGAACCAGGCGGCCUCCUACCUCCAGCGUCUGCUCCAGCUGAAGUACCCUGGUCACCUGGCUGGCGUCACCCUCAGCCGCAUGGAGGAGCUGCUCCACGAACACAGCUACACAGCCACAGACUACCACCAAGGUCUGCCUGCCAUGGGGCCAGAGAGAUGUAGUGAGAUGACAUGAAACAGGAAUUGUGGUGCUUUGCUUUAUAUGUGAUUCAUUUCCUGACUCUCUCUCUCGGUGUCUCUCAGAGCUGGAGAAGUGGCGCAGUGCAGAGUUCUAUGAGCAGGAGGUGCACCGCAUGCAGUUGCCCUUCUCUGCCAAGGGGCUGGGUGGCGUGGUGAGUGUGGAGGAGAGGCAGGAGAGACGCACCCAGCAGCUGCGCAGGCUACAGGAGAUCAACGCCCGGCGCAGGGAGGAGAAGCUGCAGCAGGACCAAGAGCGGCUGGAUAAACUACUGUCAGUGCAGGCAAGAACCAUUACCUUUGAACCACUUGGUCAACCAUGAACCUUAACUGCUCCCCUUUUCUCCCCUAAACCACCACAUUUCACAUAUAGACCUAAGCUUUAAAGCUUUCCUUAACAUUCUAACCACCAGUCUUAUCCAUUGAGGUUGCCUGUGUGUGUGUUUGGUCGUGUGCAUAGGAGCUGUUGGAGGACGGCUACCUGGAGCAGUUCCAUAAGAACCUGGUCCAGCUGAACAUGGACUCUGCUGAGGAGCUGCAGUCCUAUAUCAACAAGCUGAGCCUGGUGGUGCAGCAGGGCAGGCAGCGACUCUUGCAGGUGAUCAUAGGGGCUAGCUAACAAUAGCAUUGCAUUAGGAUGACAACAAUGUCCAACGAAACAGUUCUUUCAAAACAGCCUAGACUAUGGCAACAUAUCACCGUGUCACAUGAAUUGCUGAAUACCCUUAUUGACAAGUAAGAAAUCUCCCUCUGUCAGGCCUCAGAAAUGGAGCAGCCAAUGGACGAAGGGGACGGCGUGACAGAGAUGGAUCCAGACUUCAGCGAGGAAAAUGCAGAGACAGAAAAGCAUGUGCAGGUAAAUAAAUAUUCUCUACUAUUUUAAUGGUAUACAGUGCUUUCGGAAAGUAUUCAGACCCCUUGACUUUUUCCACAUUUUGUUAGGUUACAGCCUUACUCUAAAUUUGAUUACAUUUGUUUUUUUCCUCAUCAAUCUAUGCACAAUAACCCAUAAUGACAAAGCAAAAACAGGAUUUUAGAAAUGUUUGCUAAUUAAAAAAAAAAAAAAACGGAAAUAAGACAUUUACAUAAGUAUUCAGACCUUUUACUCAGUACUUUGUUGAAGCACCUUUGGCAGCGAUUACAGCCUCGAGUCUUCUUCGGUAUGACGCUACAAGCUUGGCACACCUGUAUUUGGGGAGUUUCUCCCAUUCUUCUCUGCAGAUCCUCUCAAGCUCUGUCAGGUUGGAUGGGGAGCGUCGCUGCACAGCUAUUUUCAGGUCUCUCCAGAGAUGUUUGAUCGCGUUCAAGUCCGGGCUCUGGCUGGGCCACUCAAGGACAUUGAGACUUGUCCCGAAGCCACUCCUGUGUUAUCUUGGCUGUGUGCUUAGGGUCGUUGUCCUGUUGGAAGGUGAACCUUUGCCCCAGUCUGAGGUCCUGAGCGCUGUGGAGCAGAUUUUCAUCAAGGAUCUAUCUGUACUUUGCUCCAUUCAUCUUUGCCUCGAUCCUGACUAAUCUCCCAGUCCCUGCCGCUGAAAAACAUCUCCACGGCAUGAUGCUGACACCACCAUGCUUCACCGUAGGGAUGGUGCGUUUCAUGCCAAAGAGUUCAAUCUUGGUUUCAUCAGACCAGAGAAUCUUGUUUCUCAUGGUCUGAGAGUCUUUAGGUGGCUUUUGGAAAACUCCAAGCGGGCUGUCAUGUGCCUUUUACUGAGGAGUGGCUUCUGUCUGGCCACUCUACCAUAAAGGCCUGAUUGGUGGAGUGCUGCAGAGAUGGUUGUCCUUCUGGAAGGUUCUCCCAUCUCCACAGAGGAACUCUAGAGCUCUGUCAGACUGACCAUCGGGUUCUUGGUCACCUCCCUGACCAAGGCCCUUCUCCCCCGAUUGCUCAGUUUGGCCAGUCGGCCAGCUCUAGGAAGAGUCUUGUUGGUUCCAAACUUCUUCCAUUUAAGAAUGAUGGAGGCCACUGUGUUCUUGCGGACCUUCAGUGCUGCAGAAUUAUUUUGGUACCCUUCCCCAGGUCUGUGCCUCGACACAAUCCUGUCUCGGAGCUCUAUGGACAAUUCCUUCGACCUCAUGGCUUGGUUUUUGCUCUGAAUGCACUGGCAACUGUGGGACCUUAUAUAGACAGGUGUGUGCAAUUCAUGUCCAAUCAAUUGAAUUUACCACUGGUGGACUCCAAUCAAGUUGUAGAAACAUCUCAAGGAGGAUCAAUGGAAACAACAUUUCUAAAAACCUGUUUUUGCUUUGUCAUUAUGGGGUAUUGUGUGUAGAUUGCUGAGGAUUUUAUUUAUUUAAUCCAUUUUAGAAUAAGGCUGUAACGUAACAGAAAGUGGAAAAAGUCAAGGGGUCUGAAUACUUUCCGAAGGCACUAUAAACACAAGUCUGAACAACGUUCAUACAGAACGAAAUAUAGAUUGUGUAUAAACCUCUUGUGAUGGAGGCUCCACUAGCCCUGUUGACAAACUCCUCUCCCCACAGCCGGUGUUUAACAUGGCAGAGUACCACCAGCUGUUUGUGGGUACGGAGCGCCUGCGAGUCUCAGAGAUCCUCUUCCAGCCGUCGCUGAUAGGAGAGGACCAGAUGGGCAUGAUGGAGACUCUGCAGUAUGUCUUAGCCAGGUAAUCUACUGCACAUUUCCUCGCUUUUUGAAUGUAAAUUCAAUAAAAGCAACACGCAGAUGGCCACAAUAACUGGAACUUGAUUAAAAUAGUAGCUGAAGAGGUUGAUCAUAGUUUGCAUGACUUGACUGUGUGCAGGUAUACUCCUGAGCAGCAGGAGGCACUGGCCCGUAACGUGUUCCUGACGGGAGGGAACCUACAGUAUCCAGGUAUGAAGGAGAGAAUAGAGAGAGAGCUGCUGGCCAUGAGGCCCUUCCAGUCUCACUUCCAGGUAUAGUAAACGUCUAUGUAUGUGGCCAUUUACUGCUCCUAAGGACACAGUUGUGUCAUUUAACUUACAGUUGAAGUCGGAAGUUUACAUACACUUAAGUUGGAGUCAUUAAAACUUGUUUUUCAAUGACUCCACACAUUUUUUGUUAACAAACUAUAGUUUUGGCAAGUUGGUUAGGGCAUCUACUUUGUGCAUGACACAAGUAAUUGUUCCAACAAUUGUUUACAGACAGAUUAUUUCACUUAUAAUUCACUGUAUCACAAUUCCAGUGGGUCAGAAGUUUACAUACACAAAGUUGACUGUGCCUUUAAACAGCUUGGAAAAUUCCAGAAAAGGAUGUAAUGACUUUAAAAGAUUCUGAUAGGCUAAUUGACAUCAUUUGAGGCAAUUAGAGGUGUACCUGUGGAUGUAUUUCAAUGCCUACCUUCAAACUCAGUGCCUCUUUGCUUGACAUCAUGGGAAAAUCAAAAGAAAUCAGCCAAGACUUCAGAAAAAACAAUGUAGACCUCCAAAUCAAUCCCAGAACAACAGCAAAUGACCUUGUGAAGAUGCUGGAGGAAACAGGUACAAAAGUAUCUAUAUCCACAGUAAAACGAGUCCUAUAUCGACAUAACCUGAAAGGCCGCUCAGCACGGAAGAAGCCACUGCUCCAAAACCGCCAUAAAAAAGCCAGACUACGUUUGCAACUCCACAUGGGGACAAAGAUCGUACUUUUUGGAGAAAUGUCCUCUGGUCUGAUGAAACAAAAAUAGAACUGUUUGGCCAUAAUGACCAUCGUUAUGUUUGGAGGAAAAAUGGGGAUGCUUGCAAGCCAAAGAACACCAUCCCAACCGUGAAGAACGGGGGUGGCAGCAUCAUGCUGUGGGGGUGCUUUGCUGCAGGAGGGCCUGGUACACUUCACAAAAUAGAUUGCAUCAUGAGGAAGGAAAAUUAUGUGGAUAUAUUGAAGCAACAUCUCAAGACAUCAGUCAGGAAGUUAAAGCUUGGUCGCAAAUGGGUCUUCCAAAUGGACAAUGACCCCAAGCAUACUUCCAAAGUUGUGGCAAAAUGGCUUAAGAACAACACAGUCAAGGUAUUGGAGUGGCCAUCACAAAGCCCUGACCUCAAUCAUAUAGAAAAUUUGUGGGCAGAACUGAAAAAGCGUGUGCUAGCACGGGAAGCUUGUGGAAGGCUACCCGAAACGUUUUACCGAAGUUAAACAAUUUAAAGGCAAUGGUACCAAAUACUAAUUGAGUGCAUGUAAACUUCUGACCCACUGGGAAUGUGAUGAAAGAAAUAAAAGCUUAAAUAAAUCAUUCUCUCUACUAUUAUUCUGACAUUUCACAUUCUUCAAAUAAAGUGGUGAUCCUAACUGACCUAAGACAGGGAAUUUUUACUAGGAUUAAAUGUCAGGAAUUUGGCUAAGGUGUUUGGCUAAGGUGUGUGUAAACUUCUGACUUCAACUGUAUAUUGGUUAAUGUUGGUACAAAGUUGGGCAAUAAUAUUAUGUACCAGUGGUAUAAAUACUCAGUGACUUGUACAAGUCUUAAUUUAAACAAUAUGGUUAUAAGGAGAGGGCCAUAUUACACUUAGGUGAGCAGCAUAGUAAACCACUGUUUUGACUCUCCUCUCCAGGUGAUGAUGGCGUCGCGGCCUGCGGUGGAUGCCUGGUACGGGGCUCGGGACUGGGCCUUGGAGCACCCCCCUGGCGGGGAGGGCUGGAUCAGCCGGCAGGACUACGAGGAAAAGGGCGGUGAGUAUCUGAGCGAGCACUGUGCCUCCAACGUCUUCAUCCCCAUGAAGAUCGCCAAACCAGUCCCGCGCCCUGCUGAAACUCUGUUAGUGCCCAUUACCACGAUGACGGCAGCUUCCCCCGACAGUGUUUCAGCCUCUCCAUCAACUGUCACCUCGGCACCGACCCAAACCUGAACUCCUCCACUUUCUCUCAUGAGCACAAAUGAGAAAGAGCAAAACUAGGUGGGUGAAUCUCACUGUAGAUAUCAUGGUGCUGUGCAUUUUGGGAUUUCAAAGCAGCACAGAUGAUGAUGAUGAUGGACCAAUAGACCGGUCUGAAGGCAUUGGGCUGCUUGGUUAGGUUAGUCCUUUUUGUUCUUCAUCACAUAAAUGAUUUGGGUUUUUACCUGUGGAGUUUUUAUAAUGCAAUCAAGCUAUGUUUAAGAUUCAUUCAAGGAUAUGUUGUCAACAACACAUCUAGAUACCACAAGCUGGCAUUUGCUGUCAAAUAUUGCAAUAAAAACAUACUGUAUGUAUAGCUACAAUGUUUUGUGUUAGAUUGUCAAGUUCUUCUUUGUUGUAUGCUGUAUCUAGAAGAGAUUCAUCCAGAUCCACAAGUAUUACUGCAGUACACCAUUAUGCCACAGGGUGGUGUUACUCUACAGCACAGUAGAUUUUUUUCCACACACACACUUUGACCAAACAACUGAAUGUUCAGCCAUUACAAGUUCUUCAGCAGCGUGUAAAGCAUUACUAGGAUGUAGGAACAUCCCUUUUUUACAGAUGUUUUGUUAUAUAGAUAAACAGAGAGAGAGUUCGAUCUCUAUUGUAGUAUUGCCACACUGUGUCCUGUUAGAUAUACAGUGUCUUCAGAAAGUAU